CGGUUAAAUCUGGCAUAUAGACAGUUGACAGAAGUUGUGAAAGUUUUGUGUUAUUAUAAAAACAGAUGAGGUGAUUUAAUUGUGCUAAUUGUCAUUUGAAAAUAAAGGUAAAUCAGUGAGUCAAACGAUAAAGUUGGAUUUAAAAUAUAGUUGUCAAAAUUCGUGUGUUAUUUGUGUGAAACAACUCGUGUGAAAUAUGUUUUUCUUUAGUUGGAUUGAAGUGUAAACCGACAGAUUACGUCUUAAGAGAUGUGUUGAAUAUUGUGUAUUGCUAAUUGGCAAUUAGUGUAUUAAAGAUUUGUGGAUUUACGAAAAAAUGACUAUUUCAAGAUACAAAUGUUACAGAUAACACAUGCAUUGUCUGGUAGGAUGACAGACGGGGUCCAGCUCUGGCUAUAUUUAGGAUUUAUGCUGACAUUCUGUAGCGCUGAACUACUUAUUACUCGUCCCCCAAAGAACGCUACCGUCCUCCAAAACACGCGCUACCUGAUGCACUGUGAGGCUGCUGGAGAACCAAAACCACGCAUAAAGUGGUUUCACGAUGAGGAAGAGAUGCCGCGUGUCGGGAUCAACUACCGCAUCGGCAGCACGGGGACGCUUCGGUUCAGGGACGUGAAAGUGUCAGAUCGAGGAACGUAUCGGUGUCGAGUGGAGAGUGGGCGAGAAGUGUUGUACUCCGAUUCGGUGUUGCUCAUCGUCGAAGUUGAGGUGGAGAUCAUCCAGACAUGGCCUUCAUCAGGGAAACUGAUGGUUCCGGAGCUUGAGGACGUAAGGCUCACAUGCAAGGCUGGAGGGAUCCCCGCGCCAGCCAUUCAGUGGAGGAAAAAUGGCAUCUCUAUAAUUGAACCAAGGCUGCACAAAGUUCGAAUAGACGAAAAUUGGGAAGUGGUGGACACGAUCUUGGUCUCCGUUUUGAUAGCAGAAAAUAUGACGGAGACAAGCAAGUUUGAGUGUGAGGCUGUGAAUCAGAAUAUAGGGGGGGACACAGUCAGAUCCCGUACGUUUGAAGUCAUCGUCAUGCCGAACAAUGGUCAUUCUGGCAUUUGGCUGCUAGACACAAGCAAAAGCAGUGUGGGUUUGUGUGUCCCGUACAAUGGCACAAUAUGUUCGCAAUCUUUGGGAUCCUCAUAUGUUUUCCUGAACGGGAGCCAACCCAACGCGUUCGAACACCAGGAGCGUAUCGCCCACGAGCUUCUGGGCCAGAUUAUGAAAGUGUCGGCCACGCCCAUGUUGCAGGAGCGGUGUAAUGGGCACGCAGAGAACCUCAUCUGUAAUCACAUGUUCCCGCCCUGUGAACCCGGGUAUGGCGAGAUGGUGACCCCGGACUACAGCGCCACUCCAACGCCAAUAUGCAGAGAGAGUUGCAAAGCAGUAUCGGAGUUAUUGUGUUAUGUGCAGUGGUCAAACAUUGUGUACACGAGCUCGGACGCCCGUCUGCCCAUGUGUGACCGUCUCCCUUCAAAGUGGGACAGCAAGUGCACUGAGGCCAAGAUGUUUGACCGAGAUGAGACAGAAGUGACAGCCCAAUGUUACGAGGCCAGAGGUCGAUGGUACAAUGGCACAGUCAACGUUACCCGGUCUGGUAGACCGUGUCAGCGGUGGGAACUGGACACACCGCAGAAACACAAACGCAAACCUGACGUGUAUCGUGAGUUGGAAGGGGCAGAAAAUUAUUGUCGUAACCCAGGUGCGGAGGAAGUGUCACCAUGGUGCUAUGUGGACCUGGACGUGCCUGGCCUCAGAUGGGAGCUUUGUGAUAUCCCUCAAUGUGGUGACAAGGAAAUUUCAGCGCGGAUAGACGAGGAUCAGCCUGUUUCAUGGCAAACCAUUGUAAUCAUCACCGUCGUCAGCGCCGUUGGAGUGUUCGUCUUCAUACUCGUUGGCGUACUUUGCUACCAUCUUGUCAUAAGCAAGCGGAAAAGCGUCAAGUAUAAAAACACACCUCAAGACGACCUUGAGAUCGACAUUCAAAAACUUCCAGCGAACAUGUCGUACCAUGUGGUCGAAGAACCAGUCAGGAUGAAUCCAAAACUCGAGGCAUUUGAAUAUCCUAGAAAUGACAUAAUUUAUGUCAAGGAUAUAGGUCAAGGUGCAUUUGGGCGUGUGUUUAAGGCAAAGGCGCCAAAUUUGUGUAAAAAGGAUGAUGGUCUAAUUGCUGUUAAGAUGCUUAAGGAAGAUGCAUCAGACGAUCUGCAGACUGACUUUGAAAGAGAGGCAUCGUUAAUGGCGGAAUUUGACCACCCAAAUAUUGUUAAAUUUUUAGGGGUAUGUGCAAUCGGAAAACCAAUGUGUUUGUUAUUUGAGUAUAUGAGUAGAGGAGAUUUAAACGGUUAUUUGAGGAUGUGUAGUCCAGAAAUGUAUAUUAACUUUCGAAAAAGAAACUUACAAUUUAUCGAAGGUGAAAUAGUGACUUUAGACAUUACAGACCAGUUGGACAUUUCUCGGCAGAUCGCUGCAGGAAUGGUUUACCUUUCUGAGAAGAAUUAUGUUCAUCGAGACUUGGCCACAAGAAACUGUCUAAUUACAGAUAAUCUCAUUGUAAAAAUCUCAGACUUUGGCUUAGCGCGAAGCGUGCAUAGAUUGGAGUAUUACAAGGGAAGUGAUAAUGACGCAAUACCGAUUCGUUGGAUGCCAUUAGAAUCUAUACUUUAUAACAAAUUUUCGGUAGAAUCAGACGUGUGGUCUUAUGGUGUUAUUCUCUGGGAAAUAUUCUCCUUCGCACUUCAGCCGUACUACGGAAUGACGCACGAGGAAGUGGUUGAAUACCUCAAAGAGGGCAAGAACCUCGUGUGUCCAGAACACACGCCUAACCAAGUGUACGAGCUCAUGUUAAAGUGCUGGAGUAGAAAACCGUUUAGUCGUCCAAAGUUUCAAAUGUUGUUCAAUGCAGUUAGUGCUUUACAUGAUGAAUUGACUAGAAAACGAACAAAAGAUUCUACUAUCGUUUGAAACUUGUGCAGUAUUUAUUGUCAGAUUGGUGUACGCCACCUUUUAAGCAUUGAUUUGUCUCAGAUUUUAUUUAAUUAUCUAAUGAUUUAAUGGACCAAGUUGACCAAGUGUGCUUAUUGUAUAAUUUGAGGUAGUCUUUGAGGGACUCUCCCACAGAUAUAGUAUUUACGUAGAAAUGUUUCAAAAUCCGUUAAAGAUGAAUUUAGUCAUUUGUCAUUUUAUUAAUUUAUUAUAUCGUCUGUUUUUCUAUAAAAAGAAAGUCUGAGUAUUUUGUGUUCUCUUGGUUUUGUUGGUGUCAAAACUCGACCUUGGCCGUAUUAAAAAACCUGUCAACAUAUUCAAAUGAAACUUGCAAGAGACUAUAGGCACAUUAAUUGCAAGGGCCAUAACUCUGAUGUCAAUAUUUGUUGAAUUCAAGUGAAGAAAACGACAACACAAUUAUAAACAUUGACAAUUAAUUGCUCUACGCCUUUGGGCAACAUAAAAAAAAUUCUGCCACAUUUUCAAACUAUGAAAUUUUAUUAAAAUCCUUGAUUUAAAUUAUUAAAAUCCUUGAUUUAAAUUCAGGAUGACCAUUUACAAUAAUGUUAGCUCACAUUACUCACGAAAUUCAAUUUUUCAAUGUCUGGCCUUGAAAAUACAUCGGAGAGUCCCUUUAAGAAUUUAUAUAAUUUCAAUCAUCUACAUCUGUCAUUGAUAAAUUAUUGAACUAUCAUUCGGUUGCAUGUAGUUAGAUAGGAACAUAUGAUAUAUGUAUAUGCCGUUACAAAAAAUAGAUCUGAUUGUUUAUAUAUUAUACAUGUAUGUAUAGUAAGAAAGAUGUUUUUUUUAACUUUGAGAAGCAGGUUUAAUAUAAUUAAAUGAAUUUGAAAUAAAAAAAAUAAUGAAAUAUACUGUGGUUUAACUGAUUGUGCUGAAAAUAUAUCUAGCAUUGGCAGAUGGCAUUAUUGUUGAAAAGGCCUCAAUUAAUGAAUAGUUUAUUUGGCAUUUCUUUACCCAAUUAUUAAAGUGUGGGUAGGUCCAUGUAGGUCAAUUUUGUAUUUUUACUUCCUAGGUCCAAAAUGAAAAAUAAAAAAAAAAUGACCACUGAAGAGGCUUAAAAAACUAUUUGGGUUCACAAGUGUUUUGGUGAGUCUGUUGGGAAAAACUGAACAAAAAUAUGUAUUAUUGAUAUAUGCUAAUUUUGGAACUGGAAGUAGAUCAUUUAUUUCAUGUAUUUAUUUUCAUAACCAAUCAUAGUGCUCAAUAUGGAUCAUAUACAUGUAUGUUAGUUUUGAAAGUUUAUCCCAUAAUUAAAUAUCUUUAAAAACAUUCAGAAUUAGUUUGUGCAGAUUUAUUGAAUCUGACCCACAAAUAAGAUAGUUCUCUGAUAACUCCAGAUUAAUUGACCUUAAUGUUCAUUUUUACACCCAUACAAUUUUGGGUUUUGUUUAAAGGGUAUUUGCUUGUAAAAUAAAUGCCUGAAAAUACAUCGUACAUAAAGUUGUUACAGUUUGUAUAUUUUUGCUGUUUAUUUCAACAGAAACUGGAUGUGAAAUGUCCUAUUUCUGCACAUAUACCCUUUCUGAUGGUACCAAAAUAGCAUGUGAUCACCAGGCAGACAAAUUUCACACUUUGUGUAUCCGAUACCUUAAAUAUUUUAAAUAUUUAAAGAAUAAGUAUCAAAUGCUAUGGUAUGUAUUUGUACAUUUUUUCGUCUCCUGUGCCAAUUAAACUUUAUCAAUAUCUUGCGCCCAUUAAACUUCAACAAUCGAUUGUGCCCAUAAAACUUCAACAAUAUUUUGUGCCCAUUAAAUGUAACAAUCUAUUGUGCCCAUUAAACUCCAGCAAGCUCUUGUGCCCAUUAAACUGUAACAAUCUUAUGUGGCCAUUAAACUGCAACAAUCUUAUGUGCCCAUUAAACUGCAACAAUCCAUGAUAUGUAACAAAUAUAAUGAUUUAUUAGUGGUUGACAUUUCUUUUCCUUUAUCUUAAUCAAAAAAUAUAUCCCAACUGGUAUGUUUGACACAAUUUCAAGAUUUGAAUAUUCAUAAGCAAAAUACAUGCCGCCCCAGUACCUAUGGUUGUUUAUAAAUGUUAAGGGACCCAGGUCCCUUCUUUGGGCGGAACAUGCAGUAAAUUACACAAUUGUUUGACAGAAAGGUCUGGCAUGUGUCUAUAGAUAAAAUAUAAUGUUAUAACGUGACAUGUAAAAGAACUUCCUGCUAUUUUUCCUUUCUAUCAUAUGGGUGAGAUCUUUAGGCCUUUUACCAAUGUGAAAAAACUUAUUAAUUAUGCCCAAUUUAUACUUUUUACCGAGUGAAUGUUCUUGAAUCCAAAUUCAUAUAUUUAAGCUAUUUUCCCCCAGAAAUUGAGGUGUUAAGAGUUUUAAAAAUUUGGUAUAGAGAAAAGCCAGGGCUUGUAUUUAUGAAACAUCUAAAAUGUAUCCUAACUCAAGAAGAUUUCCUAGAAGUGUCAUAGUAUUAAAGAAAAAUAUUUUAAGAGUUUUUAGCAUAAAAUAAUUGUGUGGUUUUUUUUUCAAUAAAAUUGAUGAAAAUAAAGUAUUUAAGAAAAUUAUUAAGUUAUUAAUAUAUCAUAAGACAAGGGAGAUGACGGUACUUUUAUUUGGAAAUUGGAAAGUAACUUAAGUCAGAAAAUCACAAAUCUAAUGUCAUUGCUAUGAAAAGUUAUUCCUCACAUUUAAAUAUAUUUUACAUUUCAAAUGAUAAAUUAUCAUUUACGAUUAACAGGUUUUUAUAGAACUAAAAAAAAGGCUAUGAACAUUUUUUCACCAAAAAAAUUCUUCUUAUUUUGUUUGAAAUUUUGUGGUUAAUACUAUUUUAAAGCACACUUGUGAUGCUAUUAAACAGAUAGUUGUAGAUAAAUCUGAGUGGAAAACUUAAGUAAGGCAUGUAUGAGGAAGUUCCCGAACAAAAUGUAUCUGUGUUUCACUUCAAGACUUCAAAACCCGGCCUGGGGGAUCUGAUACCAUCUAAAUUAUGUACCUCACUCCUUGUAAAUAAUUCCGCAGAAUAAAAUAUCAGAUUGAAAUUCAUGAUGCCUGACUUAAUGCCAGGAUUAAAGGACAAAUGUCGGAGUUUAUGGGGCUAGAAGAUCCGGAUAUGAGUCCGCCAUCCCUGCCGUCUUUCUAUGAAGAUACAUGGGGGAUUUGAACUAGAUAAUCAUUGAAGAUUAAAAGAUGGUAAUGUUUGGCUAAUAUUGUGUAGGAAAUCUGGAAAAUAUAUCCUUUAGGUGAAUUUAAAUUGAUUGCUAGAUUUUCAUCCCUGACUCCUGGGCCUCUUUUUCCGCUGCCCCUCAAAUUUUAUCAAAUAAAAAUGUUGAACUUGGGUCUGUAUUUGCGUAUCAGUCCGGCACUGUUCGGGAACGGCGUUUAAUCAUACCUACAGUGUCGAUGUAAACAUGUUACAAUCGUGUUUGUGGUUUGUCUAGAAACAUGUAUAUGGCCUCUUAUGCAAUAAAAAAGAGCAUGAACACAUUAUAUUUGUGAAAGUCAUCUAAGAAAAUAAUAAAAUGUUGAUCCGCCACCAUAUAAAAUAAAAUUGUUGAAAAUCUAGCAAUUCAUUUAUAUUUGCCUUACCAACGACACAAAGGCCAAUGUUCUAUCAUGAGAUUUUUUUAAAAGACACCCAAUGGAUUACAGUUAUUAGUCUGCCAUCUUUCUAAGAAGAUACAUGGGGAUUUGAACUAGGAAAUCAAAGAUUAAAGAUGGUACUGAUAAAAUAAGGUUUGGCUAAUAUUUUGUAGAAAGCUGGAAACUAUAUCCUUUAGCAAUGACACAUUAAGCUAAUAUUCCAUCAUGAGUAAAUGAAGCGGAUGGGAUAAGGAUCAGAUAAGGACAGAUAACCCUCAAUUUUUGAUAAACCUCUGGGGAGUUAUGAUAACUUUAUCAUUUCUUGGUACUCAGAAAUAAUAUAAGCUCUCAUAAACGGAGUCAUCCUCAAAGCAUGGUUUAUUCUAAAUUCUGAAGAGAACUUUUUUAUCGUGGCAUCCUCUUCGUGAUUGAUAAGAAAAUAAGUUAAUGAGUUUUCAUUUAACCAAGGACCAAACCCUGAAUACUGAUGUAUUUAUAAAUUAAUUCAUCAAACAACUUUGCAUUAAGUCUCAUUAUGAAAUUGAAUAACAAUUUUUUAAACUUUUAAUUGAUGGCUCUUGCUUGCAGAAUCUUUUUGAAUGAGUAGAAAGCGGUAUUAUAAAUUACAAACUUUGGAGAGAUAUUUUUAAAAAGAUUUUUUAGGUGUUUAAUUGUAUCUGAAAUUUGAAAAUCAGGUGAUGAAGAAGUUGGUUAAUUCUUUGUCUAUAAAUCUUAAAUAUUAUGAACAUCCUUGCUAUCGAAACACAAUCAAGUUUGAAACAGGAAAUUCAGGAAAUAUUAUCUUUCAUGUCAGUUAAAAAUUGUAUGUUUUAAUUUCGCGAUGCCCUUCUUUUUAGAUUUUUUCAGUUUUGGCAAAUUUUUCUUGAGGUUUAAAGUUUGUGACACCAUAUUUCAUUGUCAAAAUGCAAUGAUAAAAGAUCGUGGCCAUGUUGAUAAGCCAAAAAAUCGUGAAGAUCAAAUUCUCAGAAAAAUUACAAAUAUCAUGAAGAAACAAGAAUUGUGAGUCUUUUAUAGUCAUUUGUUCAUUAAUGCUGCGAUCUGAAAAUUACUCGUAAGAUUGCGAUCAGAAACAUCUGCAUUAACGGUACAUCAAGCCAAAAAAAAUAUAAGAAGUUAAGUCAUGUAAUUUAAGAAUAUAACUGAACAUUAAACACCUUUUUCUGGACCCCCACUGGCUCCGUAUGAUUUUUAGAUAAUUUCUAGAGACACAUGUCUCAGAAGUUGAUAUUUCAUUUAAAAGAUAAGAAAAAUACACCACCAUAGCAGAUGCUUGUGUUAGAUAAAAUGCAAUAGCGGUAAUGAUAAGACUAGUAAAUUUUUCUAGAUGAAAGAACAUUAUUUAUUCGGAGAAAAAUACCGAGAUUUGCAAAAAAUCUUGUAAAUAUUUUAGAUACUUGCUAAUGCUCAGUUUAUGUGAUUUGUCAGUAUCGUGAUGAAAUAAUUUUGCUAUCAUUUUAAAGUUGCAAUCUCACAGAUUGACAGUUUUGACAUUUGUUUUAAUUUUUGUCUCAGAAACUAUUGAUUUUUGCAUCGAUGCCUUCAUAUAAGAUAACAUCAAUAGAACAGAUCUCAAUUGUCUGGAAUACUUCAGAAAAUUUCCAUUUUUCUGAAUGCGUUAGUAAUGCUUUUAGAAAUAAAACAUCAAUUUUGAAACAGAAAUAUGACAAACUUUGAUCUGUUCUUGUCAUCAGUCUUGUUUCCCUGUUUUCCAGACAUUUGCACAAAAAUUGAAUCAUUGCAGACAAAAAAUAAAAAAAAAGUUGUCAAAAAUGUCGAUCUGUGAGAGUGCAGCUUUUAACCCAACUUGCUGUUUUAUUUAUAAAUGUUCACGAUUUUUUGAGGCAGCAAGUGCUGAUUACUUGUACACGUGUUUUACGUUCAUCGUAACAUCUUUUAUAUUUAUUAUAUAGGAUGUAUUUGUACUUAUACAUUUUAUAAUGAAUGUAGAUAGUAUGAUGUGUGAGUCUCCAAAGAUUUUUCUUAUAUGAAGCUGACCAGAAAAUUACUUUAAACAAUAUACUUGGGAUGCCUUCAAAUAUAUUUUGUCAGAAAAAAAUUAACACAGCAGUUUCAUACAUUAAAAACUCGCUAUGUCAAAGUCGUUGGGAACUUGGACCAUUGGGAACACAUUCGAAAAAGGUUUGACAUAAACACAACAUCAGGAUAACAGAGUUUGACAUAGCGAGUUUUGACUGUAUCUUAUUAUGAACCUUGAUUCCUUGGACCCUUUUGUCUGAUAUAUUAUAUGAAAUCAGAAUGUAAAUUCAUUGUAUUAAAGUUUUGGCAAUCAUAAUUCAUCAUUUGUUGCAUGUUUAAAAAGAAAAACCAUUUAAUGCAAUUUUAAUUUAUAUUCUUGGACCUUAGCAAUACAAUUACACCAUAAGUUUUUGAAGUUAAUAAUCUGUCUUUAAACUACGGAGACAGAAUUUUAAUGUGUAUUAUUUUGAUCUUGUCCAUUUUUUGCAGAACCUUUUUUCAAAGUAAUGUGAUAGCCAAAGUGUCAAUUUCGGCGUUGUGCAAAAUUUAAACCCUUACUCAUAAAGUGUUCAAAUUAUUUGAAUGAAAUUUGGUAUACAUGUUGUCAGAGACAACACACACAUGUUUAGCAAGGCCAAUAACUCUAGUUUUAUUGAUUGUUAAAAUAUGGCUCAAAAUCCACUGAAAAAAAUAAAUGAGCGUUUACGUUCCCUCUCUUGUUUUUGGAUUAAAUGAAAUCUGCAUUAAUUAUUUAUUGCAUGAAGUUAAGGACGAAAAUUGUUAAUUUUUAAGAUUCCUUUGAAAAAGUCAUUCACUGUUGUUAAGAUAUAUAUAUAUAUAUAUAUAUGUACACAUUCUUAUUGAGAGAAACUUCUUGUUUUGUCUGUAAGAUUUUGCUCGUCUAAAUGUCUCAUAUUUAUUUGAAUAUAUGGUUUUAUUUUAUACAGACUGUACAUAACAUGUGAUG